GUAUCAACAGGGGUACAAAUGCUUUGCCGAAUGAAGGAGCAGGGUCGUCAGUUCACCCUGAUUACUCCGAGUAUAAUUGUAUGCGAUUACCGGGAUCCUUGCCGCUAUGGGAAACCGUUUACCCCGCCAACCCCGCCAAACAGAUUUCCAGAUCUGCUUGAUUUCAAACAACUGCAUCAAGCCCAGACAGCUCUCCGUUCCCUCUUCGAUACCUACUUCUAACUAUCACCUAGCCAAACUAACAAUCCCUCGCACCCUCCAAGUUUCCGACUCAACAGACCUAACUAUGCCCGCCCCAUCGCCCCUCAAGAUCGCGACGCAAGCCGUCGAACGUCUUGUCAAGGAAGAGAAGCUCUACAAGACGGAGCUCUCCACUCAAACGGAGCGCGUCGCCAAGCUCGAGGCAGAUUUGAAGAAAAAGGACGCGAAUACGGACAGCAAUGCCGAGUUCAUGCUGAAGCAGGAGCAACAAGCCGUGGAAGAGACCAAGGCCAUUUUCGAGCCGCUGAACAAACGCAUCUCGGAGGCGGUUGCGAGACUCGAGGAGCAGAUCGCGACAGCGGAAGGCGGAAAUGCGGACGCGGACGAGUUGACGAAGGCUAAGGAGUCACUUGCCAAGGCGCCGAAGGCCGAGGCAUAACAUGCACAUUUGUAUGGAAUAGCUUAGCGGUAUGAUGCUGCUCGGUGGUUUCUAUGGGGAUUAAAGCGAAGAUGAGAUGAGAUGAGAUGAGAUGAGAUGAGAUGAGAUGA